ACUUCGCUCUGCUCGACGUUUUGUUUUGCUGCUGUGAUUUGGCUGCUCGGCCUCAGCUUCGUUAUGUGACUCGGUCGGGACACACCUCGCCCUGCGACACCAGCACCCGGUUCUCUUCAUCACCACCGAGGGAGAAGACAGGCUGCCUCUAACGGCCGUGUCCGCUGGUUUUCCCCCGGUCUACAGCGACUCUUUCAGGGACGUUUCCCCCGGAGCCUCGUCCGGAAAACAACGACGUUUCCCCCGCGCUUUGGGCUGUUUAUGCUGUUUAUGCUGUUUAUGCUACCCAUCCAUACAAACCCGGGACUGCACGGCUCCAAUAACGUGCUCUGGACUGUUUAUGUGAAAUUAAAGAGCAUGAUUUUCGUGCAAAGUCGAGGUGGAGACGGCCAGGGAUGUGUGGUUACCAGCACUGACGUACGUGGACCACACAGAUUACCCUUAGUUUAUAAUACGCACCGGUUUCUUCUUGCUUUGGGGGAAAUAUUUGGGUUUUCCGAGGAAAUACAGCUGAGAAAAGAUGAAAUAGGAGGCUGGUAUUGUCGGUGAAACGAGCUCUUUUCUUGCACACUCCCACACACUCCUCUUCCUGGACCGACUGUGUUUACUAAUCCCUCAUUCAAGCCGGUGUUAGAUGAGCUUCCCUUCACUUAAAGUGUCUGUAGUUUGUUUUUUAAACCCAGUCUUGCAGGUGGGUGGGGGAAGCAUGACAACUUACUGAGUAUUUACAUUUGAAGGACGUUUUCAUACUUGCUUGGCUUUCAAAUCACCACCAAAGAAGAUAAGCAGCAGCUAGUUUGGCCUUUGAACAUGGAAGGAAAUGUACAGCAACAGAAAAUCACACCUUUAGCUCGGGAACUGACCAGAACAUUUAACAGCUACAACAAGCACACCAUUCAGCUGAAGAAAAACCUAAAGGAGACCAAUGUUUUCUUCCGGGAAAUAAGGCAGAACUAUAGCAAUGUUUGUGCAUCGACCAUAAACUCGGAUUCAGCUUCUCUGGAGGCAGGCCAGCUUAGCUGCAUCUCUUUUCCAAGCCAUGAGGAAGAGUUUCUGCGCAAUACGGUGGGUGCUGCCCCGUACAUCCUCAUCCUUGGCCAGGGCUGUGCUGCCCGUUACCAGCUGCUCAACUGCCUUCUGGGGGAGAGGCUGCUGCCACUGGGCCCAGAGACUGGAGAGGCUUGUGAAGGAGUCCAUGGCAAUGUCUGUAAGAGGCGGAAGCUGUGUUUUACCCACGGACGACAGACACGCCUCAGCUUGGCACUUCCUGGUCAGUAUGAGCUUGUGCAUCAGUUGGCGGCGAACCGUGGCCGCUGGGAUACGGUUCCCAGGGAGGAUCUUGAGAUUCACGAGGAGUGCGAGGACCCAGCCCACAGGCUAGCAGAGCUGGAAAUCACCCUGCAUCACCCACUGCUUCAGGAAGCAAAAGUCAUGGUGGUCCCCUGUCCAAGUGUCCAGCCCAUUGAGGAGGUCCUUGAAGACUGUACUCGCAACGUGAUUCCUGUCAUACUCUAUGCCAUCACCAAGGACUCCUUGAGCCAGGGGCAGGUGGACGAGCUCCAGAAGGUCAAAGAGAUGCUCUCCUUUCCCAUAUGUUUUAUUCGCAUCCCUGACACCCCUGGAGCCUCCCCAGACCCCGGCCGGCGGGGGGAAAGGGAGAAGGACAGGGAGAAAAGUGCACUCCACAAGCAGCUACUCUCACUUGGUUUCCUGAGUAGUCAGACUGGAAACUGUUCCUGUGGUGCCCCUACGCAGACGCCCACCCCCGGUGCCAAGCCCCAGAGCGUGUUGGGGGAAUGCUUUGACAGAUUGCAUCGGUUAUUGGUGCCAUUUACACGCCAAGUGUUGCAAAACCAACAAGUGGAAGCUGCCAACUUGCUUAAUGGACUUCAUUGCAGAUGCCUAGAUCUUUUCAUCAACCAGGCCUUUGACAUGCAGAGGGACUUGCAGAUUACUCCCCGCCGGCUGGAGUACACCCGUGAGAAAGAGGGUGAACUCUUCAAUUCCCUUAUGGCCAUUGCUAACCGUAAACAAGAAGAGAUGAAGGAGAUGAUUGUUGAGACCCUUGGCAGCAUGAAAGACCAGUUACUGGAGGAUGCAGCCAACCUGGAGUUUACAGAUAUCAUUGUAACAACGAAUGGAGAGGCUGUUACGUCAAAAGAGAUAAAGUCCUGCAUCCACUUGAUCCAGGAGCUGAUAGUGGUGCGUUUGAAUCAGGCGGUGGCGAAUAAACUCAUCAGCUCUGUGGACUAUCUGAGGGAGAGCUUUGUGGGAACGCUGGAACGCUGUCUCAACAGUCUGGAGAAGUCCACCUCGGAUUCCUCUGUUCACAAUGUUACGUCGAACCAUCUAAAACAGCUUUUGAAUGCCGCCUAUCAUGUGGAGGUGACCUUUCAUUCAGGAUCUUCUGUCACAAGAUUUGUUUGGGAGCAAAUCAAGCAGAUAAUCCACAGGAUAACAUUCGUCAACCCUCCCGCUAUCACUCCGGAGUGGAAACGGAAAGUCGCUCAGGAUGCCAUCGAGAGUCUCAGCGCUGCCAAACUGGCUCGGAGCAUCUGCUCCCAGUUCAGAACCCGGCUGAACAGCUCCCACGAGGCCUUUGCAGCAUCUCUGCGUCAGCUGGAAGAGGGACACACAGGGCGUCUGGAGCGCACCGAGGAUCUGUGGCUGCGUGUGAGGAAGGACCACGCCCCUCGCCUUGCUCGCCUGUCGUUGGAGAGCCGCUCCCUAAGGGACGUGCUGCUGAAUGGCAAACCCAAGCUCGGGCGGGAGCUCGGUCGGGGCCAGUAUGGCGUUGUAUACUUGUGCGACAGUUGGGGAGGACACUACCCGUGCGCCUUGAAGUCUGUGGUUCCACCUGAUGACAAACAUUGGAAUGACCUGGCUUUAGAGUUUCACUACACACGGUCUCUACCCAAGCACGAACGGCUGGUCGACCUGCAUGGCUCUGUGAUCGACCACACCUACGCGGAGGGCUCCAGCAUCGCUGUGCUGCUCAUCAUGGAGCGGCUCCACAGAGAUCUCUACACAGGCUUGAAGGCUGGUUUAUCACUGAGGGAAAGGCUUCAGAUUGCUUUAGAUGUCGUGGAGGGGAUCCGUUUCCUGCACAGUCAGGGUCUCCUGCACAGAGACAUUAAGCUGAAAAAUGUCCUGUUGGACAAACAAAACCGUGCAAAGAUCACUGACCUGGGCUUCUGCAAACCCGAGGCUAUGAUGUCUGGCAGCAUUGUUGGGACUCCCAUCCAUAUGGCUCCAGAGCUGUUUACAGGAAAAUAUGACAAUUCGGUUGACGUCUAUGCUUUUGGCAUCCUGUUCUGGUACCUCUGCACUGGUUCGGUGAAACUCCCAGAAGCCUUUGAGAAAUGCUCCAGCAAGGACCAGCUCUGGAACAAUGUUAAGAAAGGUGCCAGACCAGAGCGGCUUCCCGGUUUUGACGAGGAAUGCUGGCAGCUGAUGGAGGCCUGCUGGAACGGGGACCCGUCCCUGAGGCCCCUGCUCGGCAUCGUGGAGCCCAGCCUCCAGUCCAUAAUGCAUCGGCUCUGCAACUGCGGCUCAGAGCAGAAAAGCAGCAGCCUGGAAGACUCAAACUGAAAACACUCCAGACAAACUAACACGUAUUUGAGUGGGAUUCUUAUCAGAAAAGUUAUUUUGUUGUAUUUAAAAAGAAUGGACCUGAGCCGGCCAAUGGAUCAAUGUCCAAGUCGUCGUCAUCGCCGUCGUCCUUGUUCACCGUGGUUGGAUUUACAUUAUUUAUGAAGCUGAUGGAGACCAGGAGUGUGCAGAUGGGUGUUUUACCAUGUAUCAUACAGACUCUACACUAAGCUUUUCUUGUAGUUGCAGUGCUAAUUGCUACUUUGUUGUGUCAUGAAACUGUUACUAGAUGCAAAUUGUUUUAAAAAAUAGUCCACGUCCAGUAUUAUGAAAAAAAAAUACAAAUAUAUAUGUUUAAUUUUAGAUUGUAUUUAAACUGAACAUGUCUACAUCUACUUUUUUUUAAAUAAAAAUGAUCUGUUACAAC